AAAUCCGACCAACAAGAAAAGUACGUCAAAGCGUAGCCGCCAACAGUGUUUUUAUUUUUAUUACCGUAGGCGCCAUCUUGGGACCAAUUAGGUCUGUUCAAUGGUAUUCCCUGGUACACUUAGCCAGGGCUGUCUCCGCUGCCGGAAGAGGAAAAUCAAGUGCGAUGGGAGACGUCCAGGCUGUGAAAGAUGCGAGCGCUACAGGGCACCUUGUCCGGGCUAUCAUCGCCCAUUAGCCGUUCGACACUAUGGAAAGCCUGGCCAGAGCCUUGAGCGCGACAGCCUUGGUGGCUCAACCACCUCACGUACAGUCGCGAUUGAUGAAUGGUCUAACCGAGAUUAUGAAGUAGGCUCAAGGGCGACAGAGGUGCUUGUUCCUGUCCUUCGCCAACCGCAGCCGUCUCUUGACGACGAGUCCCUGAAUUUCUUCAUACAUGAGUAUUGCGUCUAUCCUGGUCCAGGUGUCUUGCGAGGCCACCUUGAUUUCUUUGAGAGCAUGUACAGGAACUCGGACCGUGCAUCAUGCAUACGCCCAACUACCCUUGCUGUAGCAUACCUAUCACUUUCACGACAUUAUAAAUCUUCAACGCUCUAUUUCACAGCCAAGAAAUAUUACGGAGCUGCUUUGAAGUCAGUCAAUAGAGAACUUUCUAUAUCAAAUAGACAGACUCUAAAGGAGGAGACAUUGACAUCUCUCAUGCUGCUGGGCAUUAUUGAAGUAAGUCACCGUUGUCCACAAUCUACACGUCGCUUACAAUGUCCCGAGGAUCUUGAGUGCCAAGGCCAAGAUAUAAAAACUGUGCAUAUGAAAGGCAUAGCGAUGUUGUUCGAACGUGUCGGGCAGAAAGUGCUAAGCAAUAUUUCAUCGUCGCUAUAUGGUUGGAUCUUUGUGCAUUUGCAAGUCCCAUCGCUUAUGUCUAAGCAAAAGAUGGAAUGCCUCGUUAUUCCCGAAAGUCAGAUGGAUACAUCCAACCCUGUGAUGCGCCUCGCCCUGGUCGUUGCUCACUGUGGCGAUUUUUACAGGGCAGCUAAAAGGAUUAUAACCCCUAAUGAUCCACCAAUAAACCGAGCUGAGCAAUGUGCCAUGCUCGUAAAACUCAUCCAACAAGCCUUGGCAAUAACCCGGCAACUCGCUUCAGCCGAACAGGAGACAAUGCCGCCAAAACUCAACCCGCAAACCAAAAAACGCCCAGUUGCUUCCGAAAGCCAAACUUUUGCUGCCUUCGACUCGCAAUGGACAGCUUGCACUUGGUGCUUCUUUUCGUCAUGCCUAAUCGUCUUCUUCACAAUGGUAUACAAAUGCUCGACUUCAUUGCUGGAACUUAGCCUAUUGGAUAGUUCUGAGAAGCAACUGGGUGAAACUGCGGCUGCUGUUGCUGAUAUGUCUCUCAAGAAGACUACUCACAUAUUCUGCAGCGCGUUGCCCUAUGUUUUCGGCGAAAUCGAUGCAAGGGGACGACCUGUUGCUGUACCUCGACGGCAGAUAGCCGUUAUGUACCAUAUGGUAUGGCCACUAUCGGUUGCUAUUGCAAGCAUACAUAGCACGCCUCAACAGGUGGAAACCUGCCAGAUGAGGCUUCAUAUGAUUCGAGAUCUCUAUGGCUUGAAACUUGCCCGGUAUUCUCCUGGCUUGGCACGAGACUUGAUGUCAUAG